AAAAGGUGUAAAAGAACUUGCAGCUUGAACUUGAAAGGAUGUCGAAGGCUUCGGGCUCGGAAGAUGAGCCGUUGGUGCCGGAUGAUUUCGAUGAUGAUUUCUAUAAGGAACUGUGCGAAAAGAUACCCGAGGCUACGAAAGCCUUGCGGCAAAAGGAUACUCCCAAUAAUGCCGACAAUGUUCAGCGGUUGCUCAUUUGUGGCUCUCGCUACAAGAGCGAUCUGCGCCUGGAGAAGGAGCGCAGCCAGGAGCUGCGUAAAGAGAUUGAAGGACUCGAGGCUCGACUGGAGACGGCGGCGCGAGUGAGCAAAAUGGACAUGGCCACCAUUGAAGAGCUGAGGGGGGUCAUAGAGGGCGCUUGGAAGCAGAAGGAUGCUGCCCAGAUCCGUGAGCAAUCUGCCCAGGACGAGGUGUUGAGCUUGCGGGAGAAACUGGACGAAUCGGAGCAGAUGGUGGCCCAUCUCAAUGAGAAGCGUCUGGCCAUGAGCAAGCGGGACGAUGGCAAGGAGCGGGAACGCCUCACCGCCGAAAUAAACGACCUGAACAAGCGCCUGAACCUGCAGCGAACCUAUGCCUCAGAACUGGACAGUACCAUUGAAGGAUUGGAGGCCAAGAACAAGGAGCUGCUCAAGCUGCUGGAUGAAACCUCCAGCGAUGCCAUCAAUUUGAAACGCAAGGUCGACGCCCUGACCAAGGAGCUGUCGACGAUGAAGAGCGAAGAGUCGCGCUACCAGGAACAAAUAUCCCAAAUGAAAUCGGCCAACGAGAUGCUCACCAAGGUUAAAGUGCGUCAGAACUUGCAGAUUCUGUCCUUGAAAACGAAUCUCGAGCACCUGAACACCCAGCACAAUGCCACCAACAACAAGCUGGCCAAGAUCACCGUCGAUCUGGAGUAUACGGUGCAGGAAAGGGAUAAAAAUAAGAGAGCCCUCAACCAACGCAUCAACCUACUCAAAGUGCGAGAGGACGAGCUUAUCAAAGUUCGUCAGGAUAAUGGCAAGCUGGCGAAGUCCCAAGAGACCAUAGCCCGCAAGUAUGCGGGCUUGGACGAAGCUAAAAGGGAGGUUGAACAGGAGAACAUAAGACUCAAGACUCAACUGGGUACCCAGGACAAGGAGCUGGAGUCCAUGCGUCGCGUGGUCCAUCACUUUGAAAGGAACAACGAGAAUCUUACCAAGGAGCGCGACACACUGAAGCGGGAAGUUCAGGCAGAGCAUCAGCACGUGGAGCAGACCACUGCCCUGCAUCAGGAGGCGCAGCACGAGGUGCGGGCCCUCAAAGACACCAUAAGCACCAUGGACAUUAAAUUGAAGAAACUCAACGAAGACGCCUGCAAGCUAAAGAAGGAGAAGACUAAGAAGCUGGACGAAAUCCAGCACUGGAUUGACAAGCUGGAUGCAAUGCAGAACGAAAUCCACCUGAAGGAAAACUACGAGAUAGAACUAAAGCGUACAAUCAGUGACUUGGAGGCCAAGUGCUCCAAGUUCCAGCAGCAGUACGAUGUUCUUGUCGCCGAGAGGCAGACUCUGCAGCGGAAUGUCCAAGUAGCCGACGAGGAUCGCCAGAAGCUGCGGGAUCAGCUGGUCAAUCUCCAAGCUCUCGUCGAGAAGCUUAAAGCAAAGAUUAGCUACCGCGACGCAGAGCUGUCCAAGCUCCAACUUCAGAUCGAUCGCAUGGAGAAGGAGCGACGCCUGCUGCGCAACGACAUCCGGCACGCCCAGCUAGGCCAGCAGCACACUAAGGCCGAGCUGCUGGACAAGCGUAAGGAGAACGAUAGGCAUGCCAAGUCGUUGCAGGAGGACGAGCAGAAGCUGGCGCGCCUGCGCAAGGAUGCGGACAAUCUGAUCAACGAAAAGAAUGCCAUCAGUGCGGCACUGACGAAGCGGAACGAGGAGUACGAGCGACUGAAACACAGCCAGGAAAACCUGCAGACGGUGUACGAUCAGACCCAGAGACAGUACACCCAGUGCCAGGAUGACAUGCGUCUCAUGGGCAUCGAGAUCAAGAAUUUGCGCACCGAAAGGGAUGUCCUGCGGGCGGACAGGGAGAGUGCGGCGGAUCUGCGCCAGGAAUUACUCCAAAUGCAUCGCAUGCUUAACCAGGAGCGGAUUAAGGCUCGUGCCCUGCAGGACGAAAUGGUCACCCCAAUGAACGUGCACCGCUGGCGUUUGUUGAGCGGCAAGGAUCCCGAAAAGAUGGACCUCCUCAGCCGGAUCAGCAUUCUACGCAGACAAUUGCUGCAGCAGAACGUCGCCGCCACGGAGCAGGAGCGGGCCCUCAACGAGGCCCAGCAGCUAUACGCGGCUCUCAAGGAAUUCAUGCUAAAGCUGCCCAGUCACAAGGUGCAGGCAGAGCUAAACAGCGUCAAGGCCACCUUAUCCGCUAAGGAUCGAAAACUGAAGGUGCUCAAGGCGGAGCUCUUUGCCAGGGAGGCUGACGAGAAGUCCAAGAAGGAGAAGCUCGAGGAGAUGCGCAUCAGUCUGGCCAUUACCAAGAGCCACCUACUGGAGGAGAAGAAGCACAAGCAGAAGCUCUUGGAGGAGCGGCAAUUGCUGGAACAGAUGCACUGCUACUCUGCCCCUGCCCAAAUCCCCAGGACCCUGGGCGCCGGCUUCAAGAUGGUCAGCAACUUGCUUUAGCAGGAUGGGGUGUUACGUUCCACUACUUAAUACGGAAGAUUCUUCGGAUCGAGUAUUUCUUCGAAUGUUUUUUUUAUAACCUUUCAAGAUAUGAUUUUAGUCAGAAGAUUGUAAUACACUAAAGAAUUCGUUUCCAACCCAAUAAAUCAUAUA